AUAUUGCUCAUAAAACCCCCAUUUGUUACUCAUAUUUUUGGACAUGCAGUCCAUUAGUUUUUGCCUGGCUGUGAUAUUUCUCACUGGAGUGGUACAAAUCGAUGGACUUCUACGCCGUUGUUACCAAUGCCGUUCUCGCGGGGAAUUGGGCAGCUGCAAGGAUCCCUUCACCUUCAACGCAACGGAUGUGGAGAACGAACCGGGACUGUCGGCGAUUCCCUGCGCCAGCGGCUGGUGCGGGAAGGUGAUCGAGGGCGGAGGCACCUACGCCAUUGACGACUACGAUCUGGCCAUCCAGCGGAUGUGCGUUCAGCGUGGUCCGGAUGACAACAUGGACCGCUGUGCGGACACCAUAUACAAUUACAAAAAGGUCUAUAUGUGCUUUUGCCAGGGUGACUUGUGCAACGGGUCGAGUAGACUCUUCACCAGCUCACUCCUGCCCCUACUAGCUGUGGUGUUCCCGCUUAUUCGGAUGCGAAUUCGCAAUUAGAAUAGUGCAAUGAUCCAAGCCUGUAAUGUACAUAUAUACAUUUUUUUUAAUACUCAAUAACGAAAUGCAAAAUAUUUACCUUUCAAUAAGAUUUGUGUUGAUUUUCUGCAUUUCUUAAAUGAUUUAUCCCAUAAUUUAAGAUCGAUGUGUAAAUAUGAGCACUUAAAAUCAAAAUAUAUAAUUAAGGAAACAAAGCUUUGCUUUAUCUCGA